UAUACACCAAGACUGGAGCAUGCAGUUUAUAUCCUUCAUGAGCUCGAGCGGUGUGGACGAGCAAGGGCUCUCUUACGGCGACGCUUCUUAGCUUCCUAGUCGGGAAUGUCGGUCAGCGUCCACUCGAAGUUCACCAAGGAUCCCGACGACUCCAGCAGGGAUGCUGAAGAUGCGCUGGACUCUGAGCGCGAAGAGCAGCAUAUCGCAGUGGGAGCUCUGCCCACUCCUCCCGUAGACAGGAUUGGGCAUCUGCACAGAGGACUGUCUGCGAGACAAGUCCAGAUGAUCGCAAUUGCAGGGACUAUUGGUACGGGACUCUUCCUGGGGACGGGUAAAUCGCUGGCACAGGGCGGCCCAGCCAGUAUGCUCAUCUGCUAUGCAAUCGUCGGCUUUAUCGUGUAUGUGACCCUGCUCUUGCUCGGUGAGAUGGCUACUCAGUAUCCCGUUGCUGGUUCAUUCACCGCCUAUUCUACCCGCUUCUUCUCCCCUUCCUAUGGAUUCGCGCUAUCCUGGAAUUACUGGUUCAACGAUGCCGUGUCUGUGGCGUCUGAUCUCACCGCCGCGCAACUCGUCCUCCAAUUCUGGAACGUAAAUAACUCCUGGAUUGUCAGUCUUGUCUUCUGGGUCUUCCUGGUGGGCGUGAACGCUACCCAAGUGAAAGCAUACGGGGAACUCGAAUACUGGCUAUCGUCGCUCAAGGUCGCGACCAUAGUCGUUUUUAUAAUAUUGGGCAUCGUCGUCAACGCCGGCGGGAACACCUCGCACGAAUAUAUUGGGGGCAAGUAUUGGCACAUACCGGGUGCUCCUUUCGUCGGAGGGUUCGGGGGCUUUGCAAGAGUAUUUGUUACCGCUAGUUUUGCCUAUGGCGGAACAGAGAGUCUCGGUGUCACUGCGGGCGAAACGAAGAAUCCCUCACGUAACAUGCCUCGAGUCGUGAAGUUUGUUUUCUGGAGAAUACUAUUAUUCUAUAUCCUGAGUAUCUUGCUGAUAGGUCUGAAUGUACCUUGGGACUAUCCUGGCUUGUCUAACAAGAGCACAACAACGUCCCCUUUCACCAUUGUAUUCAAGGAAGCUGGCUCGACUGUAGCUGCGUCGUUUAUGAACACGGUCAUUUUGACCUCAGUACUCUCGGCCGGCAAUCACGCCCUCUUCGCUGGGACCAGGAUUAUGUACGGAUUAUCAGCGUCUGCCCAAGCACCGCGGUUCCUCUCUCGGACGACGAGGCAGGGCGUCCCGUUGUUCGCUUUGCUGGUCACGAGUAGCAUCAGCAUCCUCUGCUUCGGGAGUAGCUUUGUUGGCAGCGGACAGCUGUGGAGCUGGCUGCAGAACAUCGUCGGUGUGUCAAACCAAAUCGCGUGGUUAUCCAUUGGACUGGCUAGUUGGCGGUUCAGGACAGCCUGGAAGAGACAGGGGAGACCACUGGAGGAGAUGAAAUACCGUGCAAGCUGGACCUGGCCAUGGGGCCCAUACUUCGUGGUUGUCACCGUAUCCGUCCUGAUCCUAGUUCAAGGCUGGUCAUCUAUUUUCCCCGAGUUCACGGCUGUCGACUUCGUUUCCUUCUACAUUGAGCUACCCAUUAUGCUGGCCAUGAGCCUCGCAUGGUUGCUGUUCAAGGGACGACGAGUUCCUCAGCUCAAUGAGUCGACAGUCGCACUCACUGGGGAACAGUCGGAUAGUAAGGGCAGAAUCGGUAGAUUUUUCGACAUUGUGGACACGGAAACGGUGAAUCUGAGGAUCGACGAAUAUAAGGAGGAUCCCAAGGAUCUAGCGGAUGAGUCCAUACGGGCGAAACGCCUCUCCGGAUCGGCUGGCUGGCUAUGGAGAAUAUACUAUUUAAUCGCAUAG